AUGGCUUCGGGUUUCCUGAUCAAGAUCACUGGUCGCCACAAGUGGCUUGCCAUCUUUAUCGGUCUUCCUUUACAAAUUCUGUCUACCGGUCUAAUGAUAUACCUAUCCAGACUGCACUCCAAAACCGCCUCCAUCGUCGCAGUCCAGAUAUUUUUCUCAUUGGGCGACGGCAUUAUCUAA